AUGGAAUCUGAUUCUACUACUACAGCCGUACCGUUCUUAACGACCACAACCUUACCGGAGACAGCUAAAGCAUCAGUUCAAGCCACAACAACCACAAAAGGACCAUCAUCCACAACGACCGCAACUCUUCCCAAAACAACUACGACAGCAUCAUCCACAACCACCACAAUUCUUCAAGACACAACAAUCACGGUAGCAUCAUCCGCAACAGAUAUAACUGCCACAUUAGAACCAUCCACAACGCCUACACAAUUGCCGGAGACAACAACAACACAAGUCAAUUCCACAACGACCAAAACUGUUCCCGAAACAACAGCCUCGACAGUAUCAUCCACAACGAUCUCAAUUAUUCCCGAAACAACCACAAUACCUAUCCCAUCAACAACGACCACUAUGGUUCCUGAAACAACAACCACGGCAGAAACAUCCACAACGACCACAACGUUCCCGGAGAUAACUACAACAUCUAUCCCAUCAACAGCAACCAACAUUGUUACGGAAACAACAAUCACAACAACACCAUUAUCAACGUUUUCAACUACACCGGAGAUAACAUCUACAACGAGCAUAAUGAUUCCCGAUAAAACUACAACAUCCGCAACGACAACAAUUGUUUCGGAAACAACAUCCACAAGAGAUGUGGAAACAAGCACCAUACCCGUACUAUUCUCUACUACUGAGCCACUCACUACUGAAGAAGGAUCCAAUGAAGCAGACACUGCUGAAGUAGCGUCUACUGAGUCAGUCAUUACUGAAGCAACGUCUCCUGCGCCAAUCACGACUGAAGCAGAAUCUACUGAGCUAAUCUCUAUCGAAGCAGGAUCGACUGAGUUAGUCACUUUUGAGGCAACGCCAUAUGAAUCAGUCACUACUGAAGUAACAUCUUCUGAGUCGGUCACUGCUGAAGUUACAUCUUCUGAGUCAGUCACUACUGAAGCAGUCAUUACUGACACAAUGUCAUCUAAGUCUUUCAUAACUGAAAUAGGCUCUACUGAGCAAGUCACUGCUGAAACAGCGUCUACUGAGAAAGUAACUACUGCAAAAGCGUAUACUGAGCCAACCACUACUGAAGCAACGUCUACUGAGCCAUUCACGCCUGAAGCAACGUCUUUUGAGUCACUCACAACCGAAGCAGGAUCUACUGCGCCAGUCUCUAUCGAAGCAGGAUCUACUGAGUCAGUCAUUACUGAAGCAACAUCUCCUGAGCCAAUCACGACUGAAGCAACGUCUUUUGAGUCAGUCACUACUGAAGCGGUCAUAACUGAAUCAAUGUCAUCUAAGUCAUUCAUAACUGAAGCAGGCUCUACUGAGCUAGUCACUAUUGAAACAGCGUCUACUGAGCCUGUCACUGCUGAAACAGCGUCUACGGAGAAAGUCAUUACUGCAACAGCGUCUACUGAGCCAACCACUACUGAAACAGCGUCUACUGAGCCCGUCACUGCUGAAACAGCGUCUACUGAGAAAGUCACUACUGCAACAGCGUAUACUGAGCCAACCACUACUGAAGCAACUUCUACUGAGCCAUUCACGCCUGAAGCAACGUCUUUUGAGUCAGUCACAACUGAAGCAGGAUCUACUGAGCAAGUCUCUAUCGAAACAUCAUCUACUGAGUUAGUCACUACUAAAGCAACGUCACAUAUAUCAGUCACUACUGAAGUAACAUCUUCUGAGUCAGUCACUACUGAAGCGGUCAUAACUGAAUCAAUGUCAUCUAAGUCAUUCAUAACUGAAGCAGGCUCUACUGAGCUAGUCACUAUUGAAACAGCGUCUACUGAGCCAGUCACUGCUGAAACAGCGUCUACUAAUAAAGUCACUACUGCAACAGCGUCUACUGAGCCAAUCAAGACUGAAGCAACGUCUACUGAGCCAAUCACGAAUGAAGCAACGUCUAGUGAGCCAAUUACGACUGAAGCAUCAUCUACUGAGCCAGUCACUACUGCAAUAGCGUCUACUGAGCCAAUCACGACUGAAGCAACAUCUACUGAGCCAGGCACUACUGAAGCAACGUCUACUGAGCCAAUCACGAAUGAAGCAGCGUCUACAGAGCCAAUCACGACUGAAGCAACAUCUACUGAGCCAGGCACUACUGAAGCAGCGUUUACUGAGCCAGUCACUGCUGAAACAGCGCAUACUGAGAAAGUCACUACUGAAGCAAUGUCUUUUGAGUCGGUCACAACUGAAGCAGUAUCUACUGAGCCAGUCUCUAUCGAAGCAGGAUCUACUGAGUCAGUCACGACUGAAGCCGGAUCUUCUGAAGCAGUCAUUCCUGAGGCAAUGUCAUCUAAGUCAUCCAUUAAUGUACAGGUCUCUACCGAGCCUGUCACUAUUGAAACAGCGUCUACUGAGCCUAUCACUAUUGAAACAGUUUCUACCGAGCCUAUCACUAUUGAAACAGCGUCUACUGAGCCUAUCACUUUUGAAGCAGCGUCUACUGAAGCAGUCACUAUUGAAACAGCGUCUACUGAAGCAGUCACUAUUGAAACAGCGUCUACUGAAGCAGUCACUAUUGAAGCAGGAUCUACUGAAGUAGUCACUACUAUAGCAGCUACAAUUGAGCCAGCCGCUACUGAAGCAGCGUCUGUAGAGCCAGUCACUACUGAAGAACGAUUUACUAUAACAGGUUCUACUGAAUCAGUCACUGCUGAAGUAUUAACUACUCGAAAAGUCACUACUAAAUUAGUCACAACUGAAUCAGUGACUAGUGAGCCAAUGACAAACGCUUUUGUGACAACAGUCAUCGUUUCACCAACAAAGACGGCGGAAACAUCAGACACAAAUACUGGAUCAAACAUAGAACAGACGACAGAAUUAAAUACACAGGCUAUAUCACUCACUCCAAUGAACCAACCGUCGACUACUUCAAUCACAACUCAACGGGACAAGUCGCCGUAUACUUCAUACACAAAUUUUGGAGACGAAAUGUCAACUACAGCAAUCACAACUCUGGGAGACGAACCGUCCACCACAACAAUCACAACUCUGGGAGACGAACCGUCCACUACAACAAUCACAACUCUAGGAGACGAACCGCCCACUACCACAAUCACAACUCUGGGAGACAAACCGUCCACUACCACAAUCACAACUCUUGGAGACGAACCGUCCACUACCACAAUCACAAAUCUGGGAGACGAACCGUCCACUACCACAAUCACAACUCUGGGAGACGAACCGUCCACUACCACAAUCACAACUCUUGGAGACGAACCGUCCACUACACCAAUCACAACUCUUGGAGACGAACCGUCCACUACAACAAUCACAACUCUUGGAGACGAACCGUCCACUACAACAAUCACAACUCUGGGAGACGAACCGUCACUACAACAAUCACAACUCUUGAAGACGAACCGUCCACUACACCAAUCACAACUCUGGGAGACGAACCGUCCACUACACCAAUCACAACUCUUGGAGACGAACCGUCCACUACACCAAUCACAACUCUGGGAGACGAACUGUCCACUACACCAAUCACAACUCUGGGAGACGAACCGUCCACUACCACAAUCACAACUCUUGGAAACGAACCGUCCACUACAUCAAUCACAACUCUGGGAGACGAACCGUCCACUACACCAAUCAACUGGGAGACGAACCGUCACUACAAUCACAACUCUGGGAGACGAACUGUCCACUACACCAAUCACAACUCGUGGAGAUGAACCGUCCAUUGCAACUAUCACAACUCUGGGAGACGAACCGUCCACUACAACAAUCACAACUCUGGGAGACGAACCGUCCACUACCACAAUCUCAACUCUGGGAGACGAACCGUCCACUACACCAAUCACAACUCUUGGAGACGAACCGCCUACUACAUUAAUCACAACUCUGGGAGACGAACCGCUUACUACAACAAUCACAACUCUGGGAGACGAACCGUCCACUACACCAAUCACAACUCUGGGAGACGAACCUUUCACUACACCAAUCACAAAUCUGGGAUAUGAACCGUCCACUACACCAAUCACAACUCUGGGAGACGAACAUUCCACUACAUCAAUCACAACUCUAGGAGACGAACCGUCCACUACAUCAAUCACAACUCUAGGAGACAAACCGUCCACUACACCAAUCACAAAUCUGGGAUAUGAACCGUCCACUACAACAAUCACAACUCUUGGAGACGAACUUUCCACUACAUCAAUCACAACCCUAGGAGACGAACUUUCCACUACAUCAAUCACAACUCUGGGAGACAAACCGUCCACUACACCAAUCACAACUCUGGGAGACGAACCGUCCACUACACCAAUCACAACUCUGGGAGACAAACCGACCACUACAACAAUCACAACUCUUGGAGACGAACUUUCCACUACAUCAAUCACAACCCUAGGAGACGAACCGUCCACUACAACAAUCACAACUCUAGGAGACGAACCGUCCACUACCACAAUCACAACUCUGGGAGACAAACCGUCCACUACACCAAUCACAACUCUUGGAGACGAACCGUCCACUACACCAAUCACAACUCUGGGAGACGAACCGUCCACUACACCAACCACAACUCUGGGAGACAAACCGACCACUACAACAAUCACAACUCUGGGAGACGAACCGUCCACUACAACAAUCACAAAUCUGAGAGACGAACUGUCCACUACCACAAUCACAACUCUGGGAGACGAACCGUCCACUACACCAAUCACAACUCUGGGAGACGAACCGUCCACUACACCAAUCACAACUCUGGGAGACGAACCGUCCACUACACCAAUCACAACUCUGGGAGACGAACCGUCCACUACACCAAUCACAACUCUGGGAGACGAACCGUCCACUACAACAAUCACAACUCUGGGAGACGAACCGUCCACUACAACAAUCACAACUCUGGAAGACGAACCGUCCACUACAACAAUCAUAACUCUUGGAGAUGAACCGUCCACUACCACAAUCACAACUCUAGGAGACAAACCGUCCACUACAACAAUCACAACUCUUGGAGAUGAACCGUCCACUACAACAAUCACAACUCUGGAAGACGAACCGUCCACUACAACAAUCACAACUCUGGAAGACGAACCGUCCACUACCACAAUCACAACUCUAGGAGACGAACCGUCCACUACACCAAUCACAAAUCUGGGAGACGAACCGCCUACUACAUCAAUUACAACUCUGGGAGACGAACUGCUUACUACAACAAUCACAACUCUGGGAGACAAACCGUCCACUACAACAAUCACAACUCUUGGAGACGAACCGUCCACUACAACAAUCACAACUCUGGGAGACAAACCGUCCACUACAACAAUCACAACUCUUGGAGACGAACCGUCCACUACAACAAUCACAACUCUGGGAGAUAAAACAACCCCUUCAUCAAUCACAACAAUCGUUGACGAUUCGUCUGCUAAAUCAAUCACAACUCUUGAGAAUGAACCGUCCACUACAUCAGUAAUAACAUUUGGAGGCGAACAGUCUACAACACCAAUCUCAACAACAAUCACAACGUUUGUUGAUGAACCGUCCACUGUAUCAAUUACAACACACGGUGAUUAUCCAUCUUCUACCUCUAGCGGGGACGAACCGUCCACUGUAUCAAUCACAACACACGGUGACCAUCCACCUUCUACCUCUAGCGGGGACGAACCGUCCACUGUAUCAAUGACAACACAUGGUAAUUAUCCAUCUUCUACCUCUAGCGGGGACGAGCCGUCCACUGUAUCAAUUACAACACACGGUGACCAUCCAUCCUCUACCUCUAGCGGGGACGAACCGUCCACUGUAUCAAUGACAACACACGGUGAUCAUCCAUCCUUUACCUCUAGCGGGGACGAACCGUCAACUUUAUCAACCACAACACACGGUGACCAUCCAUCCUUUACCUCUAGCGGGGACGAACCGUCCACUGUAUCAAUUACAACACACGGUGACCAUCCGUCCUCUACCUCUAGCGUGGACGAACCGUCCACUGUAUCAACCACAACACACGAUGACCAUCCAUCUUCUACCUCUAGCACAGCUCUCGGGGGCGAAAUAACCACUACCUCUCUGGUGGAGGAAACGUCACCUUCAUCAACUUCAGAUCUCGGAAACGAACUAAUCGGGGACGAAACCUAUACUUUAACAACAACGCUUAGGGAGCAAUCUUCCAUUUCAGUAGUCUCAUCAUUCUCAGACGAAACAAUUACAUUGAGUACAGACCAGACGUCAACUGUUCCGAAUGACGACUACCAAACACCAACUGCAUCCAGCUCAGGUGUUUCCUCCCCUUCAUCUCCUAAACACAUCACCGAGACUCCGAACACCAUAACGAAUAUUCAGACCACUACCGCCGAGAAUGUUGUCAAUUCGUCAGUCUCGCAAAUAGAUAAAACAGUCACAGAGACAUCAAAUGUGCCAACGAUAGCGAGAGCCUCAAACCCCAGCACGACAGAGUCAGUUACUUCAGUUUCCGAACAACCUGAAACUACGCCAACAUCGCCGCCUUCAACAACGGUGGUAUCAGUCACUCCCGGUUCUACUAACGUGGUAACCGAGCCACCAACAGUUACUGUGGACACACCUCAAACAGAUCAGUACCUGUCGUCAAUAGCUUUAGUUGCAGACUGGGAUGAGGCGUACGAGGAUCCUAACUCAGUCGAAUAUAGGGAUCUCAUGCAUGCCGUCUUGGCUCCAGGCAGUAUCAAAGUCGAUUAUGAAGUCGUCAUGAGCCACAAACAACUUGAAGGAGAUACUUUAGGGGAAGCCUUAUGGAAUGCUUAUGGGAACAUUGAUUAUCCGUCUAUGAUGUUAAAAGAGGAUGCCAUUUCCUUUCUAGAUGAAACAAAACUCAAGGAGAUCAGCGAGCCAGACUCCAUAGAUACCUCACCCACUGAGAGCGCUGUAGUUAACCUAUGUGCUCUAAAACCAUGCACGGGAAAUGCUGUCUGCCAUGUCGUUCAAGAUAUCAACGAAUGUUUGGAAGGACCGUGUGGAGACCAUGCUCUCUGCUAUAACUCUCCAGGUAGCUACCAGUGUGUCUGUCACCCGGGCUACUUGAUGGUGAGCGGUGGAUGCAAAGACAGGGACGAGUGUCUGAGUUUUCCUUGUCCUGGUAACGCCCAUUGUAACAACACGGACGGUAGUUACAACUGUACCUGUUUUGACGGCUUCAUCAGUAUCGGCAACACGUGCGAAGACAUUAACGAAUGUGAUGCCGAUCCAACCCCGUGUCCCUCUAACUCCGACUGCGUUAAUAUUGAUGGUGGUCACGUGUGCGUGUGUCUCACAGGUUACAAUAAGGUCGAUGCUACAUGUGAAGAUACAAAUGAAUGUCUCACUGGUGUAUGUGGCGUAAAUGCGGACUGUCUGAACACUAAAGGAAGCUACCAAUGUUCCUGUAAAAUAGGGUACACCGCCAUCAACAACAACUGUGAAGAUAUAGACGAAUGUAUGUACGGUCUUUGCCCUCCCAAUGCCAACUGUACCAACAUACCCGGGAGUUACACAUGCACUUGUCAAACUGGGUAUAUCGAUAUUGGAACGAUGUGUGAAGAUAUAAAUGAAUGUUUGUGGUCACCUUGUAUGGAGUUUGCCACCUGUGAGAACUCUGUUGGAAGUUACCGGUGCUCAUGUCUACCUGGCUUCACUAUGGAUGGGAACACGUGCGUCGAUAUCGACGAAUGCAAGAGCAACCCGUGUCCAAGUCAUUCAAAGUGUUGGAAUAACCAAGGCAAUUACGCAUGCGCUUGCGAGAAGGGAUUUUACCAGAAAACACCUUACGAAUGUCUUGGUAAUUGA